UUACUUCACAUGUUGCAACUCUCGGUUGACAGUCACUCGACUGAAGUUAUCCGCGGCGGUUGCUUCACCAUGGUGAAGAGGAAAACAACAAGCGAGCAGAGCUAAGGAGGAAUUCGACUUCUUGUUUAUCUCAUCGACUUCAUCUGCGACUUUUUGAGGAUAUACCUACUCACGAUGCAUCUGAGAACAUUGCUUUCGUGAAAGUUUAAGAAGAAUUACGCUUGGACUUGUUUUCGCGGCGGAAUGUCGCAGUGAGCCUGAAGCACGCUUGGAGACUUUUACACAGCGUAAUUUUGAACCACGCAAAUCUCGGACGAAGUGACAGUCCUGCCGGUGGAGGUUUACCUGAGCAGGUGAAGCGAACGCUUGUCAGCAUGUCCAAGCCCAUGGAUCACGUUAAGCGUCCCAUGAACGCGUUCAUGGUGUGGUCCCGAGCGCAGCGGCGGAAAAUGGCCCAAGAAAACCCGAAAAUGCACAAUUCCGAGAUCAGCAAGCGGCUCGGAGCGGAGUGGAAACUUCUGACGGAGUCCGAAAAGAGGCCGUUCAUCGACGAAGCGAAGCGACUGCGGGCGAUGCACAUGAAGGAACACCCUGACUACAAAUACAGACCCAGGCGAAAGCCCAAGACUUUAAUGAAGAAAGACAAAUUCGCGUUCCCGAUGGCGUAUAAUUUGGGCGAGCACGAGGCGCUGAAAGUGGGUGGCUUACCGAGUGGAGCGUUUACCGAGUCGUUAAUGUGCAACCCCGACAAGGCAGCAGCGGCGGCGGCGGCAGCCGCGGCACGGGUGUUCUUCAGCCCUUCCAUGUCUACCAACCCCUAUUCGUUUUUUGACCUCGGCUCAAAAAUGACAGAGCUUUCUCCACCGUCUUUCUCAUACGCCUCAGCGUUGGGUUACCCAACAGCGGCGACGGCUUUCUCCGGAGCGGGCGCACAUACUCAUACGCACUCCCAUCCAUCGCCGGGUAACCCGGGCUACAUGAUCCCGUGUAACUGCGCGGCGUGGCCGUCUGCGGGGCUCCAGCCACCCCUUGCCUACAUUUUACUACCAGGAAUGGGCAAACCACAGCUUGAACCGUAUCCCGCGUACGCGGCAGCGUUAUGAGACUCUGAAAAAGUUUCUAAAUGUGAAGAAAAAAGAAAAGAAAAAAAAAAAACGCAAUACACGUGGAGCAUGAACAUGUGAUGCCACGAUCGUCAUAUCAGAUAUCACAUGUGUUUGUAUCAUGAUUAAUGCCUUGAUGUAAGGUAAAACUCUCUGACGUUCUGUUCGGCGUGGAUAUUAAUGGCAAACGACAGUGUGCUGAACGAAUCCAGUAUGCCCUUAUCAAUGUGAAUCAUUCUACCACGUCAGACUAACCUGUUGACUCUGUAACUAGUUUACCAUGUGCAGAGAAAAUCGGUCAAUGCUGUUAAAGUGGUUGCAUUUUAGCUAUAUUGAAAAAAAAAUGUUUUAUUAUGAAAAUCAGCUUUGAUUAAUUCCCGCGCAGUUAUUUUUCUCUUCUUCAAAUCAGUCAUAUUGCUGUAAAUGUGUACAGUUUUAUUAAAUCAUAUCUGCUUAGUGCUCCAAAUGCCCGAGCUGAUGGACUAGAAAUCAGGUGUAUAUUUUGAGUUUCGAAUACUAUUCAAUGGAUGUAAUAUUUAUUGUUCAGUCAGUGAAACUACCCUGUUUGUUGAUCGUGGGACACGAUCCGUGUCCUUUGAUACUUGCACAAAGGGAGACCAUGAGCACUUAUAAAGUGUAAUUUAUUGAAAAGAAACAACAUGCCCAAGUUCCUGAAAUUUCUAAGGGUGCUGGCCCGUCGACAUAUUCUACAUCAGACGAUUGUCAGAAAGUCAGUCCGUUUUUUACUAACUCGAAGUGAAAUUGUAUGUUCUAUGUUUUGCAUAAUUCCACUUAUAUGUACUUAAAAUGCCUAUCGUUCAUUUAUUGAACAAGGGGGAUAUAAUAAAGCGUAUGCGGAAAAAAGGAAAUUGCUCUGUAGUUCUUGGUGAAUGGCGAACAAGAUUUGUAUCUUGAAUGCCUUUACUUGGUCGGAACAGGUGAAGUGUAAAGUAUCCUCUAAAGGACGCUUUUGUUCGGGCUUUGAAUAGAAUUACUCAGAAAUCUCAAGCAGGUCUUUGUAAUCAAGAGCCGAAAUCCUGAAUUAUCACAACUCAAAUCAUGAAUAGGAAAGAAGAUAGAGGAGUUUACUUUUAAGAAGAAAAACGAAACCAUUUAGGCCUUUCGGACAGACUUUCCUUUGCAUCUUUUAAAUAAAUAGAGCUAUUUUAUUAAAAAUUGAAACACCCUGUUCAUUUAAUAUUGUGGAUACUCACCAUUUGCAAUUAAUUAUAGGUCUAACACACAUAUACAUCAUUCAAACUGGAUAGAAUUAUUCCAAAAAGACGUAUAAUUUACGCAUGUCUUCCCAAUGUGCUCCGUGUCGGGUUGUUCUUAAUGUAAACUGCCCUCUUAGAUUACAUUAAGAAGUUAAUUCAUAUGGCUCGGACCAAUUAUGCAAAACUAAUUUGGACUGUCCAGGGAUAAUUACCUCCGCCACGGUUAAUUGAAUCUUUUCACUGGCCUGUAUUCUCUAUUGUCACAGCGCGAUCGCUGCUCUCCACGGAACUUCCUGCUUCGCUUUGGAAAAGUGACCUUGUUUCACUUGUUAUGAACCAGACGAAUCAACAAAUCAGGGAGCUAUAUGCACAUUAAUUACAGGACAGGAACGUUUUCAAAAAUGAUCCCUUUUUUAAUUUCAAAGCAGCUUCCUUAUGACCUUCUGCGUGUUAUUUUUUAUUUUUUUUGUUUGCAACUCACACUCCCAAACUAAUUAAGAAUUGCAUUUUAGUGCAAUAUAGUUAUUGCAAAGUAUUUACUUAAGUUUUUUUUUUUUUUUUUAUAACAUACAUGCAAUGCAUAUUAUUUACAGGACAGACACCUUUUUAGGAAUUAUCCUUUUUUGAUUUCAGAGCAGCUUGCUGAUGACUUUUUGCACUUUAUUGUUUUUGUUGUUUGCAACUGCCACACUUUUCCCAAAUUAAUGCAUUUUAAUGCAACCUAAAUAGAGAUUUCAUAUUUGAAACGUUACUAUUAAUUAUUAUCCUUUUGCAAAAUAUUUUUUAUUGUAUGCAACUUACAUGCUUUUCCUAAACUACUGAAAAACUUUGCAUAUCAAUGCAACCUAAGCAGCAUUUCAUAUUUUUUAAAAACAUGUUUCCAUUUACUUUUAAUAGUAUAUUAACACUGUAUGUUUAAUUUGACACUGCAAUCAGGUGAAAAUGUCCAGAUUUAUUUCUACCUACCCUGACCUUUAAAAUGCCUUUUGCUGGUGCAACCUAAAGUAGACGGUUUAAUAUCUCAAAAUCAUUUAGAUGUCACUGCAUAUGCAUCUUGCAAAUUACCCGAAAAAGCAAUUUUUCACAGGUUCGCCUCUGAAUCAGUCUGUAUAUUACUAAAGCUACUUUCAGUCCAUAGUUUGCACACCAAAAUGCCUGAAAAGGUCGUCCGCUCCUCAAAAGAGUGCACAUUACCAGCCCAGUGACCAUUUUCCUUUUCUUCUCAGCUCUCUUUUCUCCUUCUGCUUUAAAAAAGGGUGCACUAACUGAAAGAACUUUGUCUCCCUUCAGUAGGAGCAUUUAGACAGUCGAGGAGGUUUUGUCUCGGAACAAAACAUGAGUUGGGAGGCCUUUGUGAGCCUGUUGUUUGUUGAAGUGGAGCUCAGCAAAAAGCGCCUGCUUUCCCUCAUUGUGGUUAAAGCAAUCAGUGGUAUUUGGAAAACUGUUAGCAUUGUGCACUUCUUCUGUGUUCAUUGUUGAGGAUUUCUUUUCACAAGGUUUUUUUUUCUUCCCCCCUUUUUUUUCAGGCAAUCCAGCUGGCCGGGGUGAAUAGCACUGCAAUGUGUACACGCUUUGUCCCUCCGAGUCCUUCAAGUAGCCUACAUUGAAUAGAGUGAGUUGACACUGGAUGACAGUGAAACAACAUAAUAAAAAAUACAUGAGCGCAUGAAUGGAGCCAGGCGCAUAAAUAAAUAAAAUGGGUGACCAAAACUGGAUAAA